AGUAUUUAUGAUGAGGGAGAUAUCAAGACUGAGUCUGACCGUCUGUAAUAUAUAUCUAAUCUUUAGUUUAAGUAUUAUUCAGGUUGUGACUGCAGAUCGACCGCUGCGGAUAGAGAGGUCAAAUAGCUCAACAGAUGAAAAUAAAACAUCUAGCGAAUCAAAGUCUUCUGUGAUAUCAGAGAGGCAGCUGUCCUUAGAAAAUGAGGAUUCAGAAAUAAAUGUGGACCAAAGACGGAACCUUGGAAAACUCCAGGUUCAAAGUUUUCGACCAAGUAUUUCACUUUCUUCCGGCUACGGAGAUAAAAUAAGGACGCAGGAUGGAUUGAAUGGUAUCCGAGGGAACCGAAGAGUAGAUAUUCUAGAACGGGAUCAAUCAGGAACCAAAUAUACACAGUCAAUUCACAGAGGAAAUCCGGGUUUAAGAAUACCUGAACCAAGCAACAACAUUAUAUCCCUCGACUACGACGUGGACGACUACAGCAGCCAAUACCAGCCCAGCCAGGGAUAUGAUCGUGCACCUUUCCAGUAUAAUGUGCGUGGAGUUCAAGACUACUUUGAGGUUCUUAAACCUAAUCAGACUCCUCAUAGGACAAGGUUCAACCUUGUUCAGAGACAGGAUCCAGGCUCCAGGUUUCCUCAGAGACAGGAUUCAGGCUCCAGGUUUCCUCAGAGACAGGACAAUAACGUCCGGUUCCCAGCGGAACGUCCUCAACCCUCUCCAGCCUCAGACAAGAACGGAGGACUGCUUGGAACCGUCCUAGGACUCCUGCGUCCUCAAAACCGGCCCCAAUCAUCAGCGCCAGUUGAAGAUCUGAGUGAACCGUCCUAUGAGUUUAUUUACAACAAUAUUGAUGACACGGAGAAACUAUCAAAACCUGUGCAAGGGGGUACAUUCUUACCUACCUUGGAAGACUAUGAGGACUACAAUAUAAACCUAGCUGGAGAUGAAACUGCGGAACUAAAUACAGAAGUUUAUGACUUUAAAGAUGUCCUCCACAGUAUCAGGAAUAAUGAAACAAGAAUUGAAAUAUUAAAAAAAUUUCUUUCAGCAACAACCACUCUUACAAACAGGGCCGGUACUGAUCCAUCCUUCAUGCUCUUUAAUAUGCCGAUCACAAUUUUAUCAAUUUUAGGUGGUUUCUAUGCGUUGAGCGCUAUUGCUGUAAUAGCUUACAAAUAUAUUCUCUACUCAACCGGAAAUGCAAAUGGCGCCGCCCUGGCCAUACUUCCGGUCGCCAUUUCUUUCUUUAUUCCCGCCGUCAUAGCCUCCAUCUUCCUUGUCGUUAAGCUUAGUGUUGACGGUCAAAUUAACCUGGGUCGACUGGCAAGAGGAGAUUUCGAAAAUAUUUUGCGACAAGAUUUUGACGGAUUAGAUUUUCUUUAUGACGCAGCUGUCGGGAGUACAGCUAUCCUUGGCUUAGGCUGGAUAGUUUCAGUUAUACUGUAGUAGUGUACAUAAAGCUUUAAGUGGCACCAAAGUUAUGUACCUUUAAAGGGACUCGUAAGCGUAAUUUCAAGUGAGCCUUGAUGCAAAGAUGGCAUUGCCCGAUUUACAACGGUAC